AUGUCUGAAUCAGAUUCUGAAAACGCAAAUAAAAGGAAAUUUGAAGGCUCUCCUGAUGCCCCUGAUCACCCCCGGCACAGCAGAGGUCACGUCCGUGUGAACUCACUGCCUAACCCGACACCAUUAUCGGGCUCGUCCCAUCGAAUUGACAUUGGGAAAGGUAAAGUCAUUGAUAUGAACACGAUUAUCAGAUCAUCACUAGCGAAUCCUGAUCUUGCAAAAUCAAUAGCGCCUGUGUGGGCUGAGGCAUUCGUACCCUGUAUGUCGGACAUGAUCAAGGUCAUUAUCCAGACUACUAUGUCCGACCUUCUCCAACCACUCCGAGAGACAAUUCAAGAACAGGAGACUGUUAUCACCCAUCUGAAAUCUUCAAAUGAUUUCCUUAGCGAAAAAUGUGUCACACUUGAGGCGGAACUGGCUUUCUUCUUUCCCACCAUCACAAUCAUCAACCUACAUCCACCGCCACCACCAUUAGCCUUCGUAAAUCCGGUCACCGCCAUCAUCAUUAGCCUUCAUCCAUCCGGCAACAACCACCAUCAACAGCCUUCAUCAACCGGCUACCGCCACCACCAUCAGCCUUCAUCAAUCCGGCCAACGCCACCAUCAUCCGGCUUUAUCGAUCCGGCCACCGCCACCACUAUCAGCCUUUUUCCAAAUCCGGCCACCGCCACCACUAUUAGCCUUUAUCCACCAAUCCAGCCACCGCCACCAUCAUCAGCUCCCAUCCAGCUACCGCCACCACCAUCAACUUUCAUAACUCCGACAACUGCCACCACCAUCAACCUCCAUCCAUCCAGCCACCGCCACCACCAUCAGCCUCCAUCCAUCCGGCCACCGCCACCACCAUCAGCCACCAGACAGCCACCGCCACUACCAUCAGCCUUCAUCCAUCCAGCCACCGCCACCAUCAUCAUCCUUCAUAGAUAUUGCCACCGCCACCACCAUCAGCCUCCAUCCAUCCAGCCACCGCCACCACCAUCAGCCUCCAUCCAUCCAGCCCCCGCCCCCACCAUCAGCCUCUAUCCAUCCAGCCACCGCCACCAUCAUUAG